AUGUUGAACCAUCAUGAAUUAAAUGAAAAUAUUUAUUUAUUUUUAGCUUCAUCUGUGAUACCAAACCAUUGUGUUUUAAGAAGUCCUGAGUCAGAAGUGACAUCAAAUAACAGAUUUCAUCAAGCAUUUCAUUUGCCAGACCCUCCAAUACCAAUUAACGAAAUUGGUCCCAUUCCUCCACCUCCUAUGUUUUCUAGUUCGCCUAGUUUAACUGUCAGAUUUCAGCCAUGCAUAGCUCUGCUUGAUCAAGCUAUUAAGGAACGUCAUGAAGCAAACAGAGCUCCUGCACCUAAUAUCUUAUUAAAUGCACAGCUAGAAAAUGCUGCUGGGAAUGAAAUUGUAGAAGAAAUUCCUGCAAAAGAACCACAUUUGUCUGCUGUGCCUAAAAAAAGUGCAUUAAAGAAGAAAGGGGCUUUGUGCAACUCUACAUCAAAAAUAAUGAAAUGUUUUAAUUCUGUUUCAUUUGUUACUUCUAGUCCAUUGACUAUGCCACUGACUAACUUAAACAGACCUGUUACAACAUUAAAAGUUGCAAAGGUGCCUUUGGCUGGUAGUCCUCCGUUCAUUAGCCCAGAAAACAAGGAAAAUAGACCACUGCCGUUUAUGCACAUAGGAAGUGUUCUUGGUGUUUUAAAUUCCUCUAGUAGUCAAUUAGAAAAUUUAUUAUUUUGGAGGGACUAUUAUGGAGAUGAUGAAAAUUGUAAAUUGGUUGCAAAAAUUGCUCGAAAGGAUUACUUAGCAAUGAAGUUAGCUCAACGUCCUGAAAGACAGGAUUUAAUUAAUAAAAAUAUCAUUCAUCUGCAAAGUGAACAAGAAAGACAAGAAGUUUGGGAAGCUGUUGGAAAUCAACUCAUCAGGAGACUUAGUUUGAGACCAACGGCUGAAGAAUUAGAACAGCGAAAUAUACUCAAAAAUCAGACUCCUGAAGAGAUGGAAAAUGAAAAGGAGCAAAAGAAAAUUAUGUUAAUCAGGAAGCUCAGUUUUAGGCCAACUAUUGAAGAGUUAAAGGAAAGAAAAAUUAUACGGUUUAGUGAUUACGUCGAAGUUACACAGGCUCAAGAUUAUGAUCGCCGUGCGGAUAAACCUUGGACUCGUUUAACUCCCCGUGAUAAGGCUGCCAUUCGAAAAGAGUUGAAUGAGUUCAAAAGUGUUGAAAUGGAAGUUCACGCAGAAAGCAAGCAUUUUACACGGUUUCAUCGACCAUGAAAUUUUAUCAAUGAUUCUUAUGAGGGCUUUCUCUGAAUCGUUCCUGCAAUAUUUCUGAACCCUGCAGUCUUAAAAGAGUUACAUAUGACAAACUUUUUUAAGUUAAAAACACUUGCAACUUGCAAAAUAUCUUGUAAUAAUCAGAAACAUAUUUUGCCUCUUCAUGCUAUUGCUGUAAAUAUAUACAUGUAUGCAGCGCAAUUGUGAUAGUUACAAAGUUUGUGCCAAUGUUGGUUGUUCAUGAACAAUGCUAUUCUCAAA